CUAUACUUCAAUAAAACUUCAAAAAAUGGGAAAAAAUGGAAUAUGAGUAACAAAUUAAACCAAAGUCUUUCAGUUCACUGACUGCUUAUGUUAGUGUAGACUCCGAAUAGGAGUACCUCCCCGACCCCACGCCGUCAGUAAAUGUUGGCAUCCCAACCACACCCAACCUGAAAAUUCUUAUGCCAAAAAUUAUUUGUGGUUUUUUUAUUCUUCUUCUCGAACACCAGUCUAGAUAUGUGGCUUUCAUUUGUGAGUAGCUUCUGUAUUUGUGAAAAUAAGAGUGUGACUGCAGGAAAACUCUACUAAAUCUUAUUUUAAUGGCAAAAUUGGUAAUGGUGACAAUCAGGUUGCUUUGUAUUCUUUUGACUUCUAAUUAACAAACAGUAAUGAAGUAGCCAUUAAAAAGGAGAAGAUAGGCUUAAUGAAUGAUAAUUAUAAAAAUAGAUUGGGCAAAUAAUAAGCAGAACUCUUCUCUUUUAUAAAAAAGACAAAUUGCCCUCGAGAGCUUACAUUUCUUUGUUUUAAGAAAUGAUUUUUCUCCCUCAUCUAUUAGUAAAGUUCCCUUUUGGGAUGGAUGCCAAAUGAUGAAGAAAUAUAUGAGGCAAAAAUAAAAUAACCAGGGAUUCAACUGAGAAGCAAGAACCUUUGGGGGACAGUCAUAAAAAAAAAAACAAACCGGCAACUGAAAAUGAGUUCAUGAAAAGACUGCCAAUGCAGGCAAUCAAGUCACAUGAACCAAUUUCCCUGUCAUCUACCUACCAUUUAGAGAGACUAUUUUAUAAUAAGAAAUAUUGAAAUAAUUUUUAAAGUAGAAAAACUUAGUUUAUCUCACAAUUUUCCUCAACCAGAGCUGACUAUCAGUCUAUUUUAAUUGUUUCUUAUGGAUUUUCAUUUGUAAGUUACUCAUCACCAUGUUGGGGAAAAACAAAUGUUCUAUCACCGUAGAGAAAAGAAAGGAGAAAGAGAUGAAACAGGUAUGAAACAUUUGUCAGAAUCCAAGAGGUUCUUGUAAGUGACCCUAAGACCCUAAAAACAGUCAAGUACUGCAUGACUCGUGAUGGGCGUAUAGACUUGCUUCCUGGCCAGGGGCUGUGUCCCCAGAGACCUGAGCUACCCCUGGGACUUGGUAGUUGUUAUAGAAAUACACUUGCUUACACAGAAAUAUCAAACUGUAAGAAGAUGGAAGCUUUCUGUAUUGCAGAUAUACAAGUUAGCUGCUAAGCUUUGGGCUGGAUGCUGCAUGAGGCCCUUCUGGUCUUUAAAAAUGUAUUGAUAGUAUAGAAUUUACCCUUUCAAAUGAAUUCCGUUCAUAUCAAGCACCUUCCCUGGAACUGAGUACCUUAUUUGGAUAGUUGAAAACUCCUGUGUUUGUAAGGGGCUUUGCAGUUUUUUAGGGUCUUUCCUUUUAUGAACGUAUGGCACUUCAGUUUUUCUCUUUAACUAUGGAGAACUAGAGGCAGCGGGGGAUUAAAUAAUUUGCCCUAGAAGAUGUGAGAGAGCCAGACCUGGAAGUAGGGGUCUAGCUGUAAGUAACGUGAUCCGAGUCUUGGUCUCAUUCUCCGUCAGGCAUGGGUAGAGUGCUUAAAGUAAAAAGUGGACAACGUUAAUGAAAUGCUCAGGAAGUAAAUGGGAUUAGCAGUGCUACGGAUAUUCCCUCUUGAGGCCCCCUAAGGUGAAAAUAUGUAUUGAAAUACAACAUUUAACAUGCUUUUAAAAAGCAGGGGGAUGAUGGGGGAUUUUGAAACAUGAUAGCUGCACGUGAAGAACCUUUUCUUCAUACUCCCCAAGUCACAUGUCGGAGCUGUGGGCAAGAGAGCUUUGCUGUGAUAAAGCGCAGGCCUUAAAAUAUUUUAGAAGACUUUACAUGAAUUUUAUAUAAUACUCAUAGGUGAAAGGAGAAAAAAAUGCAUUCAGUCAAAAGCAAUAGUCUUGUUUAGUCUGCCAAACUAUCCAUUAAGGAGUUCUUCCAGCAAGUCUUGAAUGAUGGUUUGUUUUUGUUUUUGUUUUUUUUAAGGCCGCACUGGUGGCACAUGGAGGUUCCCAGGCUAGGGGUCUCAUCGGAGCUGUAUCUGCCAGCCUACACCACAGCCACAGCAAUGCCAGAUCCAGGCUGCGUCUGUGACCUACACCACAGCUCAUGGCAAUGCCGGAUCCUUAACCCACUGAGCAAGGCCAGGGAUCGAACCUGCAACCUCAUGAUUUCUAGUCAGAUCCGUUAACCACUGAGCUGCGAUGGGAACUCCUGAUGGUUUUUUGUUGUUGUUGUUUGUUUGUUUGUUUGUUUUUAAUUUCCUACUUCAUUGUAGCACAAAGUAUAUUUUACUCACCAUUUCAUCUCUAACACUAAACACAGUGCCUGGCAUAACCACAUUUCUUUGAAUGAAUGAAUGAAAGUAGGGCUCUAAUUAAAUUCUGGUGCUAGUGCUCCAUUAAAUAACUUAAUGAAUAAGACAAGUAAUUAAUUUCUCUUGACCUCAAUACUGUCCUCUGUGAAAGAGGAUUGAUUUCAUAAGGACCCCUGUAGCUUUAAAAUUCUCAUUCUAAAAUUUCAAAUGGAAAAUUUGUGUUCACAUUGUGUAUGGUGUUUGCUUUUGCUUUCAAAACUUUUCUGCAUAACCUCAACAGAUUGUUUUCUUCCAGCACACUGAAGGGACAACAAGAAUUUAUUACAUGAUGGGAAAUGAGAAAAGCACUUUCAAGCAGCCCUGGAAGUCUGACGAAGGUAUUCUUUAAGCCUGUUAUUGAAGACCUGAGCAUGGAAUUGGCCAGAAAAUGCACCAAACUCAUUAGUGAUAUCCACUAUAAAGAAGAGCAUAGAAAGUCUAAGGGCAAGUGUACCUUUGUGACUGACACACCUAUGCUAAACCACGUCAAACAUAUUGGUGCUUUUAUUUCUGAGGCAAAAUACAAAGGCACCAUUAAGGGGGACCUUUCCAACUCUCUUUAUAAGCAGAUGCCCGCCACAAUUGACAGUGUCUUUGCAAAAGAAGUUACCCAGCUACAGAGUGAGAUUGCCUAUAAACAGAAACACCAGGCUGCCAGAGGAUUCUCAGAUUAUGCUCACAUGAAGGAGCCGCCUGAGGUCAGACACGCCUUGGAGGUCACGAAGCACCAGAGUAACAUUUCUUAUAGAAAAGAUGUGCAGGACACCCACACGUAUAGUGCGGAGCCUGACAGACCGGACAUCAAGAUGGCAACGCAGAUCUCCAAGAUCGUAAGCAAUGCUGAAUACAAGAAAGGCCAAGGAGUAAUGAAUAAAGAGCCUGCUGUAAUUGGAAGACCAGAUUUUGAACAUGCUGUGGAAGCUUCUAAACUUUCUAGUCAAGUUAAAUACAAAGAAAAAUUUGAUAAUGAAAUGAAGGAUAAGAAACAUCAUUAUAAUCCUCUUGAAAGUGCUUCUUUUAGGCAAAGUCAGCUGGCCACUGCCCUGGCGAGUAAUGUGAAGUACAAGAAAGACGUUGAAAAUAUGCACGAUCCAGUUUCAGGUCUCCCAAACUUGUUCUUAGACCAUGCUUUGAAAGCCAGCAAAAUGCUCAGCGGACGAGAGUAUAGAAAGCUCUUUGAGGAAAACAAAGGAAUGUACCAUUUUGAGGCCGAUGCUGCAGAACACCUGCACCAUAAAGACAACGCCAGGCUCCAGAGUCAGGUUAAGUACAAAGAAGAAUAUGAGAAAAAUAAGGGGAAAUCGAUGCUUGAAUUUGUGGAGACACCAUCAUAUCAGGCUUCAAAGGAGGCUCAGAAGAUGCAGAGUGAGAAAGUUUACAGAGAAGAUUUUGAGAAGGAGAUUAAAGGAAGGUCAUCACUGGAUUUAGACAAGACUCCAGAGUUUUUACAUGUGAAAUACAUCACCAACCUUCUGAAGGAGAAGGAAUAUAAAAAGGAUUUGGAAAAUGAAAUAAAAGGGAAAGGAAUGGAACUUAAUUCAGAAGUUCUUGAUAUUCAGAGAGCCAAGCGAGCAUCUGAAAUGGCUAGUGAGAAAGAAUACAAAAAAGAUCUGGAAUCAAAAAUUAAAGGGAAGGGAAUGCAAGUUGGCAGCGAUGCCCUUGGAAUCCAGCAUGCCAAAAGAGCUUCCGAGAUAGCUAGCGAGAAAGAUUAUAAAAGAGAUCUGGAGACGGAAAUUAGAGGGAAAGGCAUGCAGGUGAGCACAGGCACCCUCGAUAUCCAGAGAGCCAAGAGAGCAUCCGAAAUGGCCAGCCAGAAAGAAUAUAAGAAAGACUUAGAGAAUGAAAUUAAAGGGAAAGGGAUGCAAGUGAGCGUGGAUAUCCCGGAUAUGCUUCGAGCCAAGAGGGCAUCUGAAAUCUAUAGCCAGAAAAAAUAUAAAGAUGAGGCAGAGAAGAUGCUUUCUAACUAUUCUACGGUGGCAGACACUCCUGAAAUUCAGAGAAUUAAGACAACUCAACAAAACAUUAGUGCGGUAUUUUAUAAGAAAGAAGUAGGAGCUGGCACAGCAGUAAAAGAUACUCCAGAGAUUGAACGAGUGAAGAAAAAUCAGCAGAAUAUUAGUUCAGUGAAAUACAAAGAAGAGAUGAAGCCUGCAACAGCCAUUUGUGAUCCACCAGAGCUAAGGAGAGUUAAAGAAAACCAGAAGAACCUCAGCAAUCUACAGUACCAAGAGCGAUGCCACAGAGCAACCCCAGUGAGCAGCACGCCAGAGAUGGAGCGGGUGAGGAGAAACCAGGAGCAGCUGAGCGCGGUCAAAUACAAAGGCGAGUUGAAACAGGCAACUGCGAUUUCUGACCCACCAGAGCUGAAGAGAGUUAAAGAAAACCAGAAGAACCUCAGCAAUGUUUAUUAUAAAGGUCACCUGGGAAGAGCUACGGCUUUAAGUGUAACUCCUGAAAUGGAAAGAGUAAAGAAGAAUCAAGAAAAUAUUAGUUCGGUAAAAUAUACUCAGGACCAGAAACAGAUGAAAGGUAGACCAAGUCUGAUUUUAGAUACACCUGGUCUCAGACAUGUCAAAGAAGCUCAAAGUCAUAUUUCAAUGGUGAAAUACCACGAAGAUUUUGAAAAGACAAAGGGAAGGGGCUUUACUCCGGUCGUGGAUGACCCCGUGACAGAGCGAGUGAGGAAGAACACCCAGGUGGUCAGCGAUGCUGCGUAUAAAGGCGUCCACCCUCACAUCGUGGAGAUGGACCGGAGACCUGGAAUCAUCGUCGACCUCAAAGUCUGGCGCACAGAUCCCGGCUCCAUCUUCGACAUCGAUCCCCUGGAAGAUAAUAUUCAGUCUAGAAGUCUCCGCAUGCUCUCUGAAAAGGCGAGUCAUUAUUGGAGACAACGGUCUCGAUCUCAUUCAGGCAGUACUUUUGGUACAGGCCUGGGCGAUGACAAAUCAGAAAUAUCUGAGACUUACCCUAGCUUUUCAUGCUGCAGUGAGGGAACAAGGCCGUCUGAUGAAGGAGCACCUGUUCUUCCUGGAGCCUACCAGCAAAGCCAUUCUCAAGGUUAUGGGUACAUGCACCAGACCAGCCUGUCAUCUGUGAGGUCAAUGCAGCAUUCACCAAAUCUAAGGACCUACCGAGCCAUGUACGACUACAGUGCCCAGGACGAAGAUGAGGUCUCCUUCAGGGACGGCGACUACAUCGUCAACGUGCAGCCCAUCGACGACGGCUGGAUGUACGGCACGGUGCAGAGAACUGGGAAAACCGGGAUGCUGCCAGCGAAUUACAUUGAGUUUGUUAAUUAAUCAUUUCUCCUUGCCCUCCGAGCUUUGUUCUCAUCUAUACUAAGCCUAAUCUUUUUAAAAGAUAGAAGAUACUUUUAAGACACACUUGGCAGUUAUUUUACAAUAAUCUCUCUUUCCUUUGACAAUUAGACACACAGGUACCAGGAAGAAGGAAUGACUUCUAGGCUGAAAACAGCAGCAUUUUUGGUAAUUUGUAUAAACAAAAUAAUUAGGUCUGGAGACCUGGUGCUGCUAAUUGUGUUAAUGGUUUCCUUUGAUUGGCUAUUGAACCCUUCUGGGAAAAUGUAUUUUUCUAGACUUUAAUAGAGAUGUUGAUUGUCCCUUAAAUGUCACAAGUAUAGGAAACUUCUUAGCUGUCACUUUAGAAUCACCAGAAGCCAAUUCUCUUAAUUCAGUAACAAAGCCAAUAAUUUAAAAAACCAUUUAGCUUUUGAGUCAGGAGGCAAUUUUCCAGUUUAAGGGAAACUUGCCUAAAUAUAAUAAAUGUAAGCAGUGGCAGAAUGACAGUUUGGUUAAAAUUAUAUUGACUGGUGGCCUUAGGGAUCUGGAAACUUCUACCAAACAAAGAAAUUUCCUUGUUCCCUGGGCUGACUUGGGUCUAUUUAUUUCUCAUUUGUACCGAGGCGUAUCCUACUCUCCAUUUACAUUCUGUGGACCCAAGUAUAUGCUUGGCUCCAUAGAAUGUCAGGACCAAAUAACUUCACAGCUACUCUGCAAAAGGGCAAAUUUUAAGGUCGUCUAUAUUAUUUCCCUAAUACUAGUAGCCGUGACCCUGUUGCAUGUCACGUAGGUUUCAGCUUCUGUAAUAUAGGCGGCUGCACUGCCCAUUCCUGUUAGUAAAACCAAGAGCGUGGCUGAUAGCGAAAAGUCCUUUCCUCUAGCUGCCAGCUCAUCAGAAAAACAUAACUCGAAAAGUUGCUUGAGAUUCUCCUGCUGCAUUGCACUCUCGUUUUGAAGGAUUUACACCUUAGGAAAUAGAUGUAUACUUUAGCAAAUAAGUGAUUUAGAUGUUUAUUGAACAGCUUUCCUUAACUUAAUGCCGCUGCUGAUUUCAAAGUAAAGCAAACUCCAUAGGAGCCAGUGACAAAGAGUUGGAAUAGGAAGUGUGCUGGAGGAAAUCAGAGACCACAAAGGACCAGCUCCGUACCGAGAGACAGAUGAUCUGGUUUCUUUGUGUAGAAAAUCGUACUCAGGAUCCUGGAAUGGAAAUCUCGCCCCUGAAACCAGUUAAUGAAAAGACUUCCAUUCCAUUUUCUAAAUCACAUUCAGGGAGUGAGAGGGGAGUGUGACCAGAGAUUUUCGGUACAGGACUUACCAGGCUGUUCAUUAGAAAAGAAACGGUCACAUUUUGAUUUUCGAAUGAGUGGCUUUGCAGGCUCUUGCUGGAUUCACAGCCAUGACCAUCAUGUCAUGAAGUUUUACCUGGAGUCCACAGGUCACUGGAGAGAUUAACGCCCAUCAGCAACUCUGUGUUUUUCUGAUUGUGCCACUUUGGGGGACUUGCAACAGGGUAGCGUUCAUGUAAGGCCUGACUCUAGAGUGGUGAUGAAACUGAAAAAGCAAAGUUACAAAAAUGCAAUCAACUGUAUGGGUCUUGGGGAUAUCUGCCUUAUAGGAUAUAGUCAAAGAAAUGAACAAAAUAUCCCAUAAAAUAUCUUUGAAUGAAAUGUUUAUUAGGCCAAAGGCAAACAAACGUUAAUUCAUUUACGCCUUGGAAAAGUAAACACAUACUUCGGAAAAUCUGUAAUCUCAUUUUUAUCAGGCUAAAAGAGUAAUUAAAAAGUUUUAUUAUACUCACGCUGCAUCUACAUGACAUGGACAUAAAAUUGAAAGGAGAAAAAUCCAGGCACAUAACUAGAGAUAUUUUUGAGGGGCUUUUACGAUUACCACAUAACCAGCUUGGCUGAUUUUCUAUCAUUGAAAUGACUAGUUGUGAUUCAGUUGAUUAAACUCCACGUCUGUUUUGGUGUCUUAUACACAAACCUACAAAGACAAGCAGAACUUGCAAUAUUCUUGCAGAAAUUUCUGUGCGUUAAAAUUGAGGGCAAUAAGCUUGCUUAUUCAUUUUAUUAUACCAUUAAAUAAAUAUUUACAAUUCACCCAGAUAGACCACACUUUCUUUGUGAUUAUAUAAAAGAGUAGUUGAUUAAUUUGCAGACUAAAGGUAGGACAGGUACAUUUUUUGAUAAAUAGCACAUUUACAGGAAGCUUAAAGGAAACUGACUUAAAAUGAGGAUUCUAAUUGGGGAGGGAACCAUGAGAUAACAGCUUGACGUUUCAUUGUUUUUCUCAUUUAAACAUCAGAUUCACUGAAUGUACACGUCAAUACUUAUUUGGAGAAUAGUUCUCCUAAAAUUUGAAACUUCACAUGAUGUUGGCAUAGCAAGAUGUUUCUGCUUCCAGCCUUCAGGAAUUAAGAUCUGAUCAGAAUUUACCUCGAAGGCAGUUAUCUUACAAUAAAGACUGAGCGAGAACAAAUUGUCACAUGUUCCUGAUGCUGUAAUUCAAUAGUAUUGUCACUGUCACUAAAGCCUGUCAGGAUAUUAAGCAUCUCAGUAGAAAUAUGGGAAACAAUAUAUGUAGAAAACCAAAGUGCUAUUUUUGCAGCAUCAUUUUCAAAACUACAUUCUUGAACAGCUUUCCCCCUUUCCACACAUCCCCUCUCACCUCCGAUUUGGCAACAUCCGUCACACUGACAACUCAAGAAGGGUUUAAAACAACAAAUCUUUCAAAAAUCAAGGUAACGCCCGAGCACAGGGCGCAGGCACCUGAUUUUCCGAAUGUGAUGUGUCCUCAAGCCUGACACAAGCACAAAGGCAGCUUGAUAUGCUUCUGAAAGCUUCCAAAAACAACUGUACAUGGAUCAUCUCUCUUUGAGAAGAGCAUAGCAACAGAAUAUAUUGCUCUUGGUGUAAGGUUUUGUAGUAAACUUUUUACUUAUUCUCGUUCUCUAAGAAAGCUUUCUAUUUCUAACCUGUGGCAAGACGAACUCUUCAUGUCUUCUUGUUCUUGUUGACACAUCCGCAGCGUAGCCCAUGUUGAAAUAUUUGUCUGGUUGUCAGAUCUCUGCGCUGUCCCUGGAUCUUCUCAGGCCUCCCCCACCCCGACCCCACCCCGAGACCACACAGGAAUUUGCAAGCACAAUUCCCAGGAGCCCCUUGUUGGAACACAGAUGCGACUAGAGCAGCCCCUCUCUUGCCACUAGGUUCAUGGUCCGAAGACUGCCAGUUUUGCCAGUCUUGCUUUCGCUGGCCUCUCCGAGUGGAGCUAGACAACACUCUGGGAUCUGGGAAAAGCAGACUUUUCUAAGGCAGACAGUGGAAGUGCAAGAGGCCGCAUCUCUUUUUCAGAUUUGCCCAUCUCCAGUGGAAGGUUUUUAAUGAAAAGAUAAAGAAAAUGUGAGAUCCUUUAGUAACUUCCCCUAUAUAAAGUGGAUAUAGUUUAUACCAAAAUUAUAAUAUAGAGAUAUAAAAAAUAUAGGUGCCUUUUUGAUCACCCUUGUCUCUCCAAUAUGGUCUUGGGAAGAAAACCAAGCACGCAAGCAUCUGCCUACUCUGUAGUACUAUUUUAUUAUGUGAUCAGUAUUUUUAUGGUGGGGACAGAUGAGAUAUUCCUGACAGAUAUGAAAGGUGAUAGCUGAUUAUAUUUUACCUCUAAAGCUUUGGAACUUUAGAAAAUACUGACUUCUUCCAUUUAUUUCUGAAAGGCUCUCUGUGGAUUUAUAUAUUGUUGAGCUGCAUAAACAUUAACCUUAGGUCUGAGAUUUAAAACACCUAUUAUAAGAUAGAAGAAUUAUGUUAUAAGGCUGAAUUCGUGACCCAAGAUGAAGUUCACUUCAAAAAUCCAUUAUACCGUAGCUAUUUGCUUCUGAUCAUCUGAAAAUGGCUAGCGUGGGUUGUUUGGGUGGCAUGGAGGUGAGAAAGCUUUAGUUAAUAAGAAGCUCUGUAAACCAAGUGAAGAAUGCUAACAGGAACGUCUCUUUCCGAAGUAUUCCGUGCCCAUUAGGGUUCUUUCCAGGCAACUGUCAAUUAGUGGUGAUGAAAACCACAAAGGCAAUUGUGUGAUGCUUCUGUGGAAUCCACAAGCCUGGAAGGAUCCCUAGGGCACCGUCUCCUCCCUAGUCGUCUGGGUUACUUCAGUAUAGUCACAGGAAUUCCAUGUGCUUUUGUGUUUGAUACGUGGUAUCCAGUUUGCAUAGUAUAUACUUCUCUGUGAUGCAGCUGCUGUUAAGGAUGAUUUUCUUGAAAGGAAAAGAGAGAACUGCAUCAUGGCCCCAUUCUUCUGUGUCCAUAUGACGAACGGCUGAGCACUUAGAAGCAGCACUGCGUGUAUCACAGGCCAGGGGUGUGGAACUGUUGGUCUUAGACCUGCGGUAAAAAUGCAAAAUUGGAUCAUUGUGAAGACUGGCCUCUCUUUGCUUCAAAAUAUGUAGACUUGUGAUUGAUGAUUCAUUUGCAGGAUUGUUCUAACUAUGAGAGCGUUAAGAAACACAUCAUGGUUUUAAAAUGAAGGGGCUUACAGAACGAUGCAAUGUUAUAAAUAUAAUUUGGCUUUUGUUAUGCAAAUUGUUAACACCAGCUAUUAAAAUAUAUUUUAGUAGAAAUGCUUUAAUUCAUGUUUUUUUCCUCUACACUGUGAAUCUUUAAGCCUUGGUGGACUAGAGCAACAUUGUGCUGCCCAAAGGACUAACCUAUGCAACUAGUUCACAUUUUAGUGGAUGUCACAGUAAUUGUGUAAUGAGACAUUCUUUCCCGCCCGCGAUGGACAGCAGCAUUGAAAUAACACGUUAAGCCUAGCCUCAUGUAUGUAUAGUACAGUUACUCACAAACCCUUCAAGGCUACCAUAACCACUAGCACUAUCCGUCGUAUAAAAGCAGAUCACUGAUUUAUCUAUGAAAAAGACUUGAAUGAUGUCAGAACAAGAACGACAGAUGAAUGCGUCGGCCGUGGCUUCCAUGUGGUCACUGAAAGUUGUUCCCUGUGAUGGAAGCGUGUUCUCAGAUGCACUCUCUCCAGGGUAUUAUUAUUCUGUGUCUUUCUUUCUGUAUUUGUAAAACAUUAUAAUGCUUUAAUUUCCUAUCUCUACACAUUCGGUUUGCUUAAAUAAAUGCAGGAUAUAACAAAAUGGUCCCA